AUGUGGCAUGAACAUAGUGUCAGUCCAGCAAAGAUCAUUCACGGUAAUUUUACAGAACCUUGGUCUCUCUUCGUGACAUCAAAUGCUGAUAUUUAUAUUGAUGACGGUAGUGUUAAUGGGCAAGUACAGAAAUGGAGUGCAGAAACAAAUAACUUUAUCACGGUGAUGAAUGUCAACUCAUCAUGUCAUGGUUUGUUUGUGGAUAUCAAUGAUACUCUUUACUGUUCAAUGUUUCGUCAUCAUCAAGUAGUAAAAAGAUCAUUGAAUGAUUCAUUGAUGGCUUCAAAUCACGUUACUGCUGGAAUUGGUAUUGGAGGAUCACGCUCAAAUCAACUCAAUGGUCCUAUUGGAAUUUUUGUCGGUUUGAAUUUGGAUUUAUAUGUUGCAGAUUGUUACAAUGAUCGAGUGCAGUUGUUUCAGUCGGGAGAACUAAAUGGUAUGACAGUAGCUGGAUAUGUACCACAGAUUUCAACAAUUGCACUUCUUUGUCCAAGUGGAGUUGUAUUAGAUGCUGAGAAAUAUUUAUUCAUCGUAGAUCAAGGCCAUAGUCGAAUUGUGGGUUCAAGCUUGGAUGGUUUCCGAUGUUUAGUUGGAUGUAAUGGAAAAGGUUCACAAUCCAAUCAAUUGACUAGACCAUUUAGUAUGAGCUUCGAUCGUUCUGGAAACAUAUUUGUUACUGAUACGUCAAAUCAUCGAAUUCAAAAAUUUAAAUAUUUAAAAAGAUAUUGUGGUAAGUUGAAGUAUAAUUGA